AGCACGUGGCUGGGUUAAGAUGUGUUUGUUUAUUACUGUAAAUGAAAGUUUUCUAAUUCUUCCAGAAUAUGUUUCUUCAUUGUUAACCCAUGGUACGUUUAAACAGAAGUAACAUAACAUAGCGUCAGAAGUGGAUCUGGAAGAAUAAUAUGGGAGAAUCAAAGAUAAUCGAAAAAAAAGAAGAAAAAAGUUCGAACUGUAAACAGUAAAAUGGAAGGUUUGCCACCCCCAUCAAAACUUCAACUGACUGGCAAUGUAGCUGAGAAUCAGAGGAUAUUCAAACAACAGUUUGAACUGUAUUUAUCGGCGAUCAAUUAUGAAGAAAAAUCAGAAAAAGCCAAAGCUGUGCUUUUGCUCCAUAUAAUCGGGAAUGACACAGUAGAGGUAUAUAAUAAUUUUGUCUUUGAAGAUGGGGAUAAUUUCAAUUUAAAGUUGAUAAUGGACAGAUUUAAAGUAUUUUGUAUACCUAAGUGUAAUUUAACGUAUGAGCAAUAUAAAUUUUUCACAUGUGCGCAGAGAGCUGCUGAAACAAUUGAUCAGUAUGUUACUGGGUUAAGAAAGCGUAGUAGAACAUGCGAGUUUGGAUUGUUCACGAACUCUCUCAUUAAAGAUAGACUUGUUUGUGGCAUUCGAGAUAAUGCUCUGAGAGAAAGGCUGUUGAGAAAGCAAGAUUUAAAUUUUGAAAAAGCUUUGGUGCUUUGCAAAGCUUCUGAGGCCGUGUCAUUGCAGGCUGUAGAGCUUUUUGUCAAAAACUGCAAUGCAAAUGCUGUAAAAAAGUGCGAAUAUAUCAAGAAAUAUAAUAAUAUGUCAACAAACCCAACAGAGAGCAAGACAGCAUUUGAAAGAAAAAAGUUAUGUGAUCGCUGUGUGUGGGGAUAUCGUCCAAAUCAGUGUCCCACAUAUAGCAAAAUUUGCAAUGGCUGCGGGAAGGAAGAUGUGGUGAUAACACAUGCAAUGAUGUGCCAGUACAUGAUUGGACAGUGCACUGAGCAUACGCAGGAUUGCUAGACUGUUCCAGCACGUGGCUGGGUUAAGACGUGUUUGUUUAUUAUUGUAAAUAAAAGUUAC